CUCUACAUCGGCUGCCACGUGACCGUGAUGCCGGAGCAGUCGGCGACGCGGGAGACGGUCGAGCACGGCAUCCUCGUCAAGUGGGACGGCGCGGAGGACUCGGAGGUGUCGGUCCUGCUCGACUCGCAGGCGACCGACCUGCGGCUGCUCAAGUGUUCCGUCCUGAGGCUGCUGCCGAUGGAGGAGGCGCCGCUGCCGCUGGCGAGCUUCACGCUGUCGCCCGACGUGAUGUCGAGCUUCGAGAUCUUCCUGCCCAAGCGCAAGUCGGGCGACGAGACGACCACGCAGCCGACGGCGCUGCAGGCCAACUUCCUCUUCGGCCUCCUGCAGACGCGCGCGCUCAAGGCCUUCCGCGGCCUGCUGCAGCACGCGCCGGCGAUGCGGCGGGUGCUGCACAGCGGCCUCUUCCCGAGCAUCAUGGCGUCGGCGACCACGCCGGUGCCGCUCAUCGGCGCCCACACCACCGAGGGGCUGCAGGGCCACGUGGCGCUGCUCGAGAACAUGCACGUCGAGGCGGCCUCGGCGGCGCGCUUCGCAAAGGGCCACGCCCAGGCCGCGCACGCGCGCAGGACGCUCGCCAAGCAGGUGCGCCUCGAGCGCGCCUCGAGCAUGGCGUCGGACGAGGAGAGCGAGCGCUCCGCCAAGGAGCCGAAGACGCCGGGCGGCCCGCUCCGCGCCACCAUCUCGCAGCUCGAGGGCAUGGGCUUCGAGUACACGCUCUGCCAAAAGGCGAUCGGCAUGUUCGGCCACGACACGGCCGCCGCCGCCGCGUGGCUCUCCGAGGACCGCACGCGCAAGGAGCAGGCGGGGCAGCUGAUCCGCUCUCCGAGCUGGCAGCAGGCGGACGAGCUCGCGCAGCGCACGCAGCUCUUCUCCAUCGCCGCGUGCAAAAAGGCGCUCGAGCACACCGCCGCC